AUGAGCAAUUCCUCGUCAGAACAACAAGAAGCCUAUGAUAUCACCCAAAUCAAUCAUCCAACCAAUACCGAAUCCAAGGUUGCUUUGAUUACAGGUAUUACAGGACAAGAUGGAUCCUAUCUUGCUGAAUUUUUGUUGGAAAAGGGUUAUAUGGUGUAUGGUAUCAUUAGACGUUCUUCAUCCUUCAACACCGGAAGAGUUGAACACUUGUACAAGGAUAUUCAUAUUACUAAAGCAAAAUUCAAACUUUUGUAUGGAGACUUGACCGAUACCGGAAACUUGAUUUCUAUCAUUGCCAAAAUUAAGCCGGAUGAAAUUUACAAUUUAGCUGCUCAAUCUCAUGUGAAAGUCAGUUUUGAAAUGCCUGAAUAUACUGCCAAUGUUGAUGGUAUUGGUACUUUACGUUUGUUGGAAGCCAUUCGUGCUUGUGGAUUGGAAAAGAAAACCAAAUUUUAUCAAGCCAGUACAAGUGAAUUGUACGGUCUAGUUCAAGAGGUUCCUCAAAAGGAAACAACACCAUUCUAUCCUCGUUCACCAUAUGCCUGCGCCAAAUUGUACAGCUAUUGGAUUGUUGUCAACUAUAGAGAAGCUUAUGACAUGUAUGCAUUGAAUGGCAUUUUGUUCAACCACGAAUCUAUUCGUCGUGGUCCAACAUUUGUGACUAGAAAGAUCACCAUGGCUGUUGCCCGUAUAAAACUUGGUUUGCAAGAUUGCUUGUAUUUGGGUAACUUGGACGCCGAAAGAGAUUGGGGUCACGCUAAGGAUUACGUUGAAGCCAUGUGGCUCAUGUUGCAACAAGAUAAGCCACGCGAUUUUUGUGUGGCAACUGGAGAAAAGCACAGUGUCAGAGAAUUUGUUGAAAAGGCCUUUGCAUGCAUUGGUCAAACAGUGGAAUGGAAAGGAGAAAGAGGAACCGUCGAAGAGCAUGGUGUUGUUGACGGUGUUGUUAGAGUUCGAGUCGAUCCUCGCUAUUUCCGUCCAACUGAAGUCGAUCAAUUAUUGGGAGAUCCAACUUUAGCUGAGACAGUUUUGGGUUGGAAGAGAAAGGUCAGCUUCGACGAAUUGGUCCGAGGAAUGGUGGAAGGCGAUGUUGAAUUGUUGCAAAAUGGUGAUCCUCAAGUAGUUCAACAACAAUAUCAUUAA